ACUACCAAAACAUAAUCUAGCUAGCUAACGUUAGCUAGGGCAAGAUAUGCUAGGCUCUUCCUCAUAUAGUUCUGAGGAAGAUCAUCAAGAUCACAAACAAUCUUCACCAUUGGAUCUACCUCUUCACCCACCACCAUCUUUUUUAGAUUACCACCACCAUCUCAUCCCUUCCACUACUAAUACCAAUAUUAAUACUAAUACUAAUACGACUAAUACUAAUUCUUCAGUUCCUUCACCUUCGGUUUUACUUCCUUCAACCAUUGUAACAAAUCAUUUUCCAUUCAUUCAUCCUCGCCAACUAUUAAUAACAUGCGCCGAAUUAAUAUCUCGAUCAGAGUUCACCUCCGCCCACCGUCUCCUCACCCUACUUUCCACCGAUUUCGCCUCACAAUCCGGCGACGCCACCGAAAGACUCGUUUUUUAUUUCAUCAAAGCAUUAAAUCAACGUUUAAAUCGAUGUAAUACUAUUGUUAACCAUGAUCUUACUUUAUCACCAAUCCCAAGACCGCCAAUAAUAAGAACAAGAUCAUAUUCAUCUUAUCUUUCACUAAAUCAAGUUACACCCUUUAUUAGAUUCACCCAUCUAACUGCAAACCAAGCAAUCUUAGAAGCAAUGGAGGGUUUUUCAUUGAUUCAUAUUCUUGACAUGGAUAUCAUGCAUGGUGUUCAAUGGCCACCUCUUUUACAAGCUAUCAAAGAAAGGUCAACAACUUUAGGGCGUAUUUCUCCAAGGAUCCGGAUCACCGGUGCCGCUUUAGAGCCGACCCAUUUAGAAAAAACCGGAUCCCGUCUUCGUAAAUUUGCUGAAUCAUUAGGGUUAGAGUUUGAAUUCUAUGAGCUCGUUCUUCAAGACUGUGAUGAAUUUGAUUAUUCUGAGGCUGUAACUCAAGCAAUUAUAAUUAGGUCGUGUGAUCAGGUGGAGGAAGGUGUAGCAAUUAACUGUGGAGACUACCUACACCGUCUUUUAAAAGAAUAUGAUACAAGGUCUCUGAGAAGGUUCCUUAGUAGAAUGAAGUCAUUAAACCCUAGAGUGUUAACAAUAGGAGAAAUAGAAGCAGAUCAUAACCACCCAUUAUUUUUAAGAAGGUUUGUGAAUGCAUUGGAACAUUAUGCGGCGAUGUUUGAUUCACUAGAAGCUACUAUUCCUCCACAAAGUAAGGAAAGGGCGGCGGUUGAAGAAGGGUGGUUGUGGGAGGAGAUAAAGGAUGUUGUCGGGGAGGAAGGGGAUCGGAGAAGGGAGAAUCACCAGAAGUAUGAGUCAUGGGAGGUUGUGUUGAGAAGUUCAGGGUUUAAGAGUUUGGCAUUAAGUCCAUUUUCAGUGUCACAAGCUAAGUUGUUGCUUAGACUUCAUUACCCUUCGGAAGGGUAUCAGCUUCAGGUUCUUAAUUCCAAUUGUUUGUUACUUGGUUGGAAGAAUUGCCCUCUUUAUUCUGUUUCUUCUUGGCAUUAA